GCUGAAACCAAGGUUUAUAAUGGAAGUAAGGUUUUGAUCUUCGAUUCGAAGUUUGAAAAAGACUUGUUUCCGUCUUUUGUAUUUCAUGGUGCUGAAAUUCAUGGUAUUACUACCACAGCGUUGUCACAAAGCUGCGAGCUCUGGUCCGUGUCGGAGAAUUCUCCCUGUCAUGAAAGAAAUCAGAUAAAGCUGGAAUCUUCGAUCGUGCAAAUAUUUUGAGGAACUUUUACAUCUGACCUCAUAAUCCCCAGACUAACACGAAUCUUCUUCGGAGUCGGGAUUUAGGUUUUAAUCUACGGGGUUUAAGACUAUGUAGUGAUCUCAGAAACUUGACUCCAAUCUAUCAAUUGAGGGCUGGAAUUAAAUGGCUUCAUCAGCUGGACGACUCCUCUAUCAGCCACAUCAAUUUGACUGCCAUUUUCUCAUGAAUAUUCAUCCCUAGCCUGUUUUUCACAGCCAUGUACUCAAUAUUGCAACACUUGCAUUCCACGAAUCUUCUCAGUCCAUUUCCUCAUCGUGUCUCAACUGACGUUCUCUUCUCAUUGUUGUACACGGAUCUCUCCAUUCCACCCAAAAAGAUGAAGUUUACCGAAAGAUGUCGUGCAAGCCUAACCAGUCUUUAUUCUGUGCACCUCCGCCAAUCUUCCACUGCAUACCAAAUUCCCCAAUAAUCGAUUCUAGAUCUAUCAACUCUUCCGGCUGAAAGCCCUUUCAAUAACGCUAUCCUCCACGAUCCUUUCUCAAAUCAAGAACGCCAAGAUCAAUGACCAUUAUAUUUCCAGCUUUUCCCACGGCCUUUGCGUCUCCCCAGAUACUAGCUACCAACAUGAUGUACCCCAGUCACAAAGUUCCACAAGGGUAUAACAAAAGCUUCGAUAAAUCGGCAGCACCGACGACAGACCUUCGUUCUUGCGGUACUCGACAGGUGAAAUUGAGUUAUCGCUCAAUGAUCAAUGAGCAAAAAGGGUACAAAUAUAGGAAAUAUGAGGGCCGAUUGUGUUAAUCCCUCAUGCCGAGGUACAGAAUCUGAACAUUGUACUGACAAUUUAGAAGAACUUGAAGUUUGAAAACAUUUUUAUUUAAGGGUUUCAUUGGUACCUGGAUGGAGGAUAAAGAAAUAUACAUCAUCUUUACUUUACUACAUCAGCAAGAUCUUAUUUGAAUCAUCUUCAUUGCAACUUCAAUAUAUUCAAUCUAGAGAGCCUCCAACUUUCAAACAAGCCAAAAUGCGUCCCAUCUCACUCAUCACAGCUGCUAUUCUCCCUCUCGCUUUUGCGGCGCCUGUCCCUGAUAAAGACACAAGUCCCCAAGUUGUCUCCAUCCCCCCUCCCGCCGUAAUUCAGGCACUCAUUGACGCUGGCCUUGGCCAAUUCGCCACUCCCGCCGACAUAGCAUAUAUCAAUAGCGCCAUAGCCGCUGCGGAAGCUGCCGCCGCCGCCACUCAGAAAGCUGGUCGUUCUAGCAAGAGACAGGAUUUGGGACUAGGAUCAUUGACUGGUGCAUUAGAUCCCAUUCUUGGUAUACUCGGGAGUUUGGGGCUAGGGGGUUUGAAAGAACGAGAUGAGAUUGUGAAGAGACAGGAUUUGGUCGGAGAAUUAGCUCCUCUUCUUGGUAUACUUGGAGGUUUAGGGUUACAAGGGUUGAAAGAACGAGAUGAAAUUGUCAAGAGACAAAGUCUUCCCGUUCUUGGAAAUGUUGUUGGAAGUGUUCCGGGAAUUGCAACUGGGAAGGGGAUCACGAAUAACUUACCAAUUGUAGGACCCGUUGUGGGGGGAAUUUUGCAGAAUCCGACUUCUGUUGUUACUUCUGUGUUGGGAGGUGGACUCAAAGAGAAAGCCAAGAGACGACAAGAAGUUGCUGCUGCUAUGAAAGAAUAGGAUGAUAAUGGAAUAAAAUUUGGGAGGGGAUCUAGAAGAAAAGGGGGAAGAUCGUUGGGUAUCAGAAUGAUGCACAUGGGAAGUUUGAUGGCUAUGGGUGGAAUAUUGCUUGGAUUGUAUUUGGGCUGCGAUGCGACUCUGACUGCUAGAUUUGAUUUUGCUGUCCUAGCUAUUUACUUUCUUUAAGCCAACAUGUUCAAUGCAAACUUUCGUUUUUGGAUUCUGAAAUCUUUCAAAUUUCUCUCAAAUUUCUUCUCGAAAUCUG